UAUGUAGAGGCAAAGCUCUUUUUAACCUAAUGCAUAUGCGGAGCCCUCAAUCUCCCCGUCCUUCUGGCUCAGUCAGCUCAUCAGCUCAAUACGCAGCCUAUGGGUCAACUGGAACGGGGCAAGGUCUUCAGUAUUUUGCGCAGUUUAAUGCACAAACUGGUUCAGCUUCACCAGCUCUAGGGAGUCCUAGGAUUACCUCAGGGGCGCCAACAAGUCCCCGUCAUAAUCAAGGAGUCCCGUCAAGUCCUCGACAUAAUCCAGGGGCACCAACAAGUCCUAGACAUAAUCCAGGGGUGCCAUCAAGUCCUCGACAUAAUUCAGCGGCACCAACAAGUCCUCGACAUAUCUCUGGAGCUGCACAAAGUACUCGAACUACUCCUGGAGCACCACAUAGUCCGCGCCCUGCUCCAGGUCGAAUACAUACACCUGCAAGAAAGGUUGCCUCGUCUCCUCCUUCCAAGGCUCGAUCUUGUCACAGAAUAUCUGAAGAGAUGGUCGAGAUUUUACAUGAGAACAAGAAGAGGGGGAGCAGGAAAGAUAACGGGUUUGACCGGAAACAGAAUCCGGCUGAUGAAAACUACAGAAGUUACUCCAACCUCCGAGAAGUUGAGGAUAGGCUGGGUCGGGGUAGGAGUAGAACGGAUAUCAGUAGGGAACAUAGCAUACAUAGAAUAGAUAAAUGUAGGCAGAGGAGUAAAAGUAGAGAUGAUAAAAAAGAUCGAACCAGCAGCCACCGUGGGAACUUUAGGAGCCUUCGGAGCAAGAGCAGGGACAAAGAAAGAGGAGGAGGAGGUGGAGGAGGGGCUGAAGAAGGGGGUUGUGGGAACAGGAGAUCAGGAAGAAGUAGAAGUCGGGAAGAAAACGUAUUUAAAGGAAGUUCAGGUUUUGAAAAUAGCAGAGGAAGUCAGCGGAGUCGGAGCCGUGGAACUGGAGGAAGUUGUCACGUAUUAAGUCAGGGAGGAGGAGGAGGAGGAGGAGGAGGAAGAAGAGAAAAGAGAAUUAAUUCUCAUGAUUCCCUCUACACAGACCGUCAAAUUAUUCAGUCUUUCUUUGAAGACACAAGAAAAGAAUCUCUAAAAUCGCAGAAAAGAAAACGAAGAGUGCGUCCUGCUCCGUUAAAGCUUUCCUCAGAGACGGACGAAUCCGUGAGUAGCUCCAGGAGCAGUCUAAGAUCCUCUAGCCUGAGUCCAAUCUCAUCUUCACCUACUCCCCCCGCAUUCCAAUCUCCUAGAACACCAACAGCUACAAGAUCUCCCUUUUCAGGAACUCCACGAUCUAAAGCUGGCCAGUUUCCCAAUUUUCAGUUCGGAGAAAAAUCUUCCAAAGUCGUUGGUUCGGAGCCUCCGAAAUCUCCAGGUAGAAUAACAGCAGGGAAAAGAUAUUCCCAAUCUCCACGAAGAUCUCCGUCUGAGUACAGCAACUCUCCUGGCUCCGGAUACACUUCUCCGUACCCACCCUCCUCUCCAGUACCUCAGAGAUCUUUUAUUUCUAACAGUCCAACCCCACGGUCCCCCUCCCCCCGGCCAGCCAGGACAUCUAGGUUUGCCAGUCAACCCACUCAUAUGUGUCCAUCUAACCUGGCUGUAUUGGCUUCAAGACGGAAAACCUCCCUGGCUGGUAGACGUCAUGUUACAAUAAAUCCAACCUCCAACUUUCUAGAGCUCCCAGUUGCUAACUAUGACAAGCGACGGUAUAUGAGCCUGCCGGAGAAAGGAUAUAAUCCUAGACUUUCCGAGGAAUAUUACAGACUUCGUUCCUUUUCUAUAAACAAGGGUCGAGUUAUAAAACACGGAGAUUCGAUCGCUAGCCGACGAUCUGCAGGAUCUACCGCAAAUACAUCAAGAGCUGGUUCCCCUGGUUGCAGCAGUGCUUGUCCUUCUCCAAACCCUAUAUCAUCAAACUCUCUCUCCAGUAGGAUCAGUCCUUCACCUUCAUCUCAUGAUCAGGUUGAAUUAGUUGACAGGGUGAUUCCUAAAUACAGAGUUUGUAUUAUCGGCGCUGCAGCUGUUGGCAAAACAUCUCUAGUCUCACAAUGUCUCACUUCAGACUUUAUGAAUACAUACGAUGCUUCCUUAGAUGAGGAGUAUGGUGAGAAGAGUGUUUGUAUUGACCUGGACGGACAGGAGGCUGAGUUGACCUUCAUAGAUCAUCCAGCUAAUGAAAUGUCGGUUGAAAAUACGCUAGCUACCUACGAACCCCAUUCCGUCACCGUUGUAUACUCAGUUACAGACAGGUUGAGUUUCCAGCAUACAGAGGAGAACCUGGAGUAUCUCUACCAACAAGGAUAUACUUCUAGUAAAUCCUUGAUAUUGGUCGGUAACAAAGUGGAUAUGGAGAGAGGGAGACAAGUUACUCAUCAAGAGGGUAAGCAGCUGGCGUGUUCCUACAACGCUAAGUUUAUUGAGACAAGUGCAGGAUUGAAGCAUAACGUUGAUGAACUCCUGGUUGGUAUUCUUAAACAAAUCCUUCUCAGGCAUCAAGAAGGAACACCAGCACCUCAAACUAAGAAGGAGAAGAUUGAUGGCUGUUCCUCCUUGUAUACACUGAAUAUGGUUAAAGAAGCUCUGAGUAAAAUGUGUCACUCUAAACAAGCCAGUAUUACUAAAUCCUGUGAAAACCUUCAUGUUCUCUAGAUAUUUAAACUUUGUGUUACAUCUUACCCGUAAACUAAAAUUGUGUAAUCCCUAUAUCUUUGCAGCCUGAUGUACGCGUAAAUCUUCGAUAUUUCCGACAUAAAUUAGUGGAUUCAACAGAAUUCACAGUUUUAAUUAUUUAUCGACGACGAUAUUGGAUUGCUUGGAUAUAGGAAUGAGAAAUCAGAGUGCCUGAUAAACACUCAAUUUAUUUAAUUGGUAUUUUUAAAACCAAAUAAAUAUUAUUGCAAACUUCGAUAUUUCAAACUUCAAA